AUGAUCAUUGUCAACAUUGAUAAUGUGAAAACACGCUAUUACACACAAUACAGGGCUGUUAAUGGGAUUUGUUUGGAAUUGCAGUUCAAAGUUCAGUCGGACUCUAAACCAGGAGAAAUGGUGAAUUUUCGAGCUGUGUUAUUGACAAGAUGUCAGAGGGAAUUUGAGAAGGAUACAUCGUCAGAAGCCCUGUUUGUAACUAAAAGGAAAGACAUAGAGAAGGCAGAGGAUGACGCACAGAAAGAAAAGUUGAAAAAGGAAUUAAAGUAUGAGGAAUCUAAAGCUAAACAAAGAUCAUUAGGAAAUAUUAGGUUUAUGGGAGAGUUAUUCAAAUUGAAAAUGUUGACCGAAAAUGUAAUGCAUGAUUGUGUGUUCAAAUUAUUACGCACCAAAGACCCAGAGAAACUUGAGUGUUUAUGUCAGCUACUCACAAUUAUAGGAAAAACAUUAGAUGUAGAUAAAGCAAAGCCAAGAAUGAAUCAGUAUUUUCAACAAAUUGGCAAAAUUGUCAAUGAAAAGAAAACUUCACCAAGAGUACGAUUUAUUUUGCUGGAUGUCAUGGAUUUAAGAACAAACAAAUGGGUGCCCCGCCGUGUUGACAACAGCCCAAAAACAAUAGACCAGAUACACAAGGAGGCUGCUCAGGAAGCCCAAGUAAAAGCUUUACUCUCUCAACAAAAUCAAAUGCAGCAGCGAGCUCAGAGAGGUGGUCGAACAGGUGGACCUUUCGGCCAAAUGGGUGGUGCUGAUGGUUGGAACACAGUCGUUGUAAACAGAACUCCGCUCAAAUCUGUAGAAAGAUCAAUAGAUUCAUCCACAAUGAAAUUAACAAAAGGACUGGAACACAGAGAUGGAGGUGAUUGUGCCUUAACCACUCCCACAACUGGGAUUCCAUUGACGGAUAUAGAAGUAAAAUUGCACGAGCUCAUCGUGCAGAACAAGGCAGAUAAUGAGACCGUAUUCGAUUGGAUCGAAAGCAAUGUGGACGAUCCUACAAGGGGAGCAAAAUUUAUACGUGCUCUUAUGACUGCUGUAUGUUAUAGUGCAAUCAAAGGUGAGAAAGGCAAAGAGAGACUAGCACCAAAGGAGAUCAGUGCCAGGAAUGAUUUAUUACAGAGAUACCUCCAUCACAAUUUUGGCUCGGAGCUUCAGGCUCUCUAUGCAGUACAGGCAUUGGUUUCCAAACUGAAACACCCUCAAGGGGUACUACGGGGAUUGUUAGACACUUUGUACGAUGAGGACAUCAUUUCAGAGGAAGUAUUUUUUCAGUGGGAGAAGUCAGAGGAGGAACCAGAAGGAAAGGAUAUGUGUCUAAAACAAGCCAUUCAGUUCUUCACAUGGCUACGAGAGGACGAGGAAGACAGCUUUUAAGACAGGAACCUGGAUACUGAAGACUUAGCAAUUUUUACGCAGGCUUUAUUUAGCGUUUUAAUGAUUUUCAGCUUCAUUCGCGAUAUUAACAAUUCACGAAACGUGUUUUUUUUGUGUUUUAGGAUAUAAUGCAGAUAACUGUUCAAGCAUAUUUUGGAAAAAAAAGCUGAGUGGCAUUUUUCGCGAAUAUUGGCGAGUAUAAAACCGUCGCGUAUAUUAAAAGCGCUGAACUACUGAUGGGGCGAUUAUCUUCCAGUCCAAUUUUGGGUUCGAAUCCCGCUACCAACCUGACUGUUAACGAUUGUGGUCUAGUCCUGUUCCUUCCCUAAUACUAUGGUUAAGAAAAUUGAGCACCAGAAGAAAAAUUGACGGCCUUAAUAUAACCUUAAAUACUGUUUAAAACUAGUGUUUAAACAAAUAUCGCUUAUCUACAUCCCUGAAGCAAAUUGGAGACAAAACACUUUUUACAGUAUGCUUUCAGCAUUCAACAUUCAGCAGAAUGUAGAAUAAAAUGAACUUAUUUAGUAUAUAAAUGUUAAAAAAAAUGCCGUUAAAUUAGAUAAUAUUAUAGUUUCUACUGUAAAUGUAAAAAUUAUUCUGCAGCAAAAAUAUAACAUGUAAGCUAUCUCGGUGUACAAAUCGUAGAAUGUGGUCAUUUGUUUCUUCUCACGUUACUGUGGCGAUUCCACGCAACGCUUACCUCCCCUAGAACCUAGCAACCGAUCUGGAAGAAUCGAUUUUUAAAUUUAUGCUUCCCUUUCACACUCUACACAUUUUAUGCUCAUUAUAAAUUUUAUUGUAUUAUAUGCAAAAUCACAUCUAGUAAAAGGUAUACCUUUAUUAAAAAUAUAAUUAUAAUGCACAGUAUAAAUAUAUUAACGUUUGUUAUGAAUGAAACUGUACUCGGAACCAGUCUGGGCCCAGUUGUUCAAAACUUUAAUCGGCUGUUAAACUAACCGCCUGUUAAAUUUUGAUUCAAAAUAUUAAGCAUGAUUAAAACCACUUAUAUGAUGUUUGAAUUUUACUGGAAAGACGUUUGAGUGUUAAUGAUUCUGAAAUUAUAAUAUGUUUUGAUAAGUCUUCUAAAAUGUCGAAAUGUAACUCUAAAAAUUAAUCGACCGUUAGCUUAAUCGCCUGCUAAAGUUUCGAACAACUGGGCCCUGCACUAAGUCUGGUUGAGUUCGUAAUAUUUGUUUGAUUAGCUAUUUAUAGACCGAGGUCACAGCUAUAACGAAGUGGUUGCUGGAAUCCCGUUUCCAUUUAAAUCAACAUAAACAAUAUCUAAGUGUUUCGAUAAAAUUUUAAUUAGAAAUAUUGUAUAUAUUUUUGUUAGAUACAUCUUACAUUUCGCAUGAUCUAUUAGCUGUAUCUCUUCAUAUUACACAGUGUGUGUGUGUGUGUGUAUUGUCAUUGAGUUUUACCUUACCAAAGACGAAAAAGUGUUAUUCAUUCGGAUAUUUCAUUCAUAGGGGUCGAAUUAAUUUACCUUCAUUAUGUAAUAUUUUCUAAUGUUAUCUGAACGGAUAACAGAGAGCUGUAUGACAUAAUCAUUUACAGAAUCACGUAGAAAUUAUUAUAGUAUUCUAUGUAUUUUGGACAGCUAUACAGAUAGAUAUGCCAUACAUGUUAUCACUGUUCUGCUGAAAUGUUAGGACUAUUUCGGGGGCGAUUGUUUACUGGUUGCUUGUAGGCAGACGGUAUUAAGAGAAUCUGAACUGUAUUGUAAACUCUGGGGCUAAUCGCCCCAAGAAUGGUAUCAAAAAAUAACUAUUCUUGAAGCAACUUCGGUCAUUUUGAACAAUUGUGAGAUAAACUGUGUAUUAGUAAAUAGAGUCUAAAUUCAAGAAAUGAACUAUGUUGAUUAGAUUACCUGUGGCGUUGCAUGAUUUUGACUCCAGGCGGAUUAUUAAAACAUUUUCACUUUCUGGUUUUUUAGUCAGUGCAUGUUAACUGCGUGGAAUUCUUGCAACUAAUUCUAGUUAUUAUUCAGUGCGUUCAGCUAGCACUGUAUGAGAUUUUUUAUUUAUUAUUUCGUUAAUAUUCUUGCUAUUGUUAACCUAAUGGGCAUGAAUGAAUUAUAUAGGCAGGUGAAAUAAUGUAAAGGAAGUCUAAAUCCUAUUCAACUGUUUAAGCAUAUAAGGAUCUUACAUGACAAGGUUUUCCCAAAUCCGAGGGGCAAUGUGGAAUGUAAAACCAAGCGCUAGCGAGGUUUAUUAUUCAGGCAGUCCCGAGGGUUUGGAAAAUACCUGUCUAACUCAAUCAUGUUAAAUCAGUUUUCCUUGCCUACUAUUGACAUUAUUGCAUUAUUUUCAUAGAUGAAUUAAAAAACGCUCAUAAUACACUAUGAUCUCAGAUUAUGACGUCAGUAUGCGCACGGGUAGCUUAUCUUUUGCAGUUUGUAUUGAACCAGAAGGUAUCCAAGUGGUAGGAGAAACUUCUUGAAGUUAAAAUCUAUCCAUUCUAUAGUCUGGUAUAUAUAAUAAAUGGUUUUGUCUGAUAUUUAAAGGAAAGGAUGGAUGAAACAGCAGUCCAAGUCUUGAAACCGAAGGCUCGUAUUACUGUGGUCUUUAGAUAUAUAUUUGUCACAUUAAUAAAGUUUAAUUAUUGUCGAUUUGUUCGGAAAAUGACACUUCGCGAUAUAAUAUUGUUAAUUGUGUUGCUGGAUAGAUUUUACAUCUUACCUGUUUAGAAAAUUACAUAUCUUCAUCGAUAAGAGAGCCAGUUUGUGUCUCUUCACACACGGUUCAUGAAAAUAUUGAAUUGUCUCCCUUUUAGAUGAUAUCACACUGAAACAUAUCAAUUCUAUAGUAAUCAUUAUUGAUGAGUGCUUUUAUGUCCAUAAAGGCUCAAAGUUCGAUUACUUAAUUCUGAAUCGUAAAAGAUGAUAUAUAGUCAGGAGUUUGUAGAUUUAUAAAAACAGUAUAUCAUGAAGUAUUUCUGGCAUCAUCUAAGUUAUUUUAAAUUUUUUCAAUUAUUUAUUAAUGAAAAUAAUAAAGAUACGCGAACUCUCGCAACGUAUGUCUGUAAAGCUUUCGAAAAAGGAAGUAACUAUAAAUAGAUAGACUCUAACUGCAAUGAUAUGUACGUUUAAAUAGUGGUUUAUCCAAAUUGUCUCUCCUAAAGCUGUGUUAUAACUGAUACCUUUGAAUUACUGAAAAAAAUGUUACAAUUUUAUUUACAUAAUUAUCUGCUAUCUUGCCAUACAUGUUGUAUUUAUUACUUUGUAUGUAUAUUGAAGAUAUGAUGAUGGAUCUUGUUUGAUUUAUUGCAUAAAAAAAUAUUAUUUCUCUUUUAUUUUCUGUCUCAGAUCUGAACUGAAAUAAACAAAAUCCCGAAUGAUUUAGUUUUAAUUUUGUCUGCGAUUCAUCCAUACACAAUUUACACCCUAAUAUCUUUAUUGGGAAGUUAAACACCAAUGUAAGAGAAGAAUGAUGUGUAAGCGUUCGUUUCAUUAUAAUAUUAAAUUUUGGUCCUAACUGUUCUUAUAUGGAUAAUAACACAUUUUAGCAUAAUUAUUGUACUCUGGUCUGGAAUUCUCUUCGUGGACAUAUUAAAGAUAGUAAUAAAUGUAUGUCUUUUAAAAAGGAAGUAAAGAAACAUUUCUAGGACAAUACUCUACUAAGAGAUGAUUUUAUUUUGUUUUGUAGCUAGGAUAUCGUAAAUUUAUAAUAUAUUAAUUUAUUAAAUACAACACGUUAUUGUAUGAUACAGUCUAGUAAUCUAGUUUGAGAUUUUCUAGAUCAUUUCUAUUACAAAUUUAAGAGGACCCAAUUGGAAAUAAGUCUUAGACCUUUAUUGGCUAUCCUGCAUAUAUACAUCUUUUUAAGUACACUUUAUUUAUUUAUUUCAGCUAUGACUAAAAUGGGCUAGAUUUUAUGUAGGCAUAGGUAUCUGUAAGAUAACUAUGAUUCAUAACAUGCAGUAAUAAACUAUGUACUAGUAAGUGUAAUCAAGUAAUUAUGUGAUUUAUUUUAUUGUGAC